GAGGGCGGAACUCUGACGGUAGAAUGGCGGAGGGUCUGUAUAAAUAAUCUACCUGACAGGCGGAGGGACCGAGAUAGUGCGACGUUCGUAGUGGGGCUGUUUGAGGGAAGUGCACGGUCUGGAAUCCUUGCACAGAAUGCCCUUCACCUCAUAACCGCUGGCUACAAGAAUUUGUAAAGGUGGCAAUCAAAAAAUAAAGUGGACAUUAAUUUUUUGUUUUUUUUUAUACUUGUAUAAAAAGUGAAAUCGCCUUCUGCAUUCUUCAAGAAGUUACCAGCCUUGGUGUUGUCGCUAUGCAGCUUGAAAUUCAAGUAGCAUUAAAUUUCAUUAUUUCCUACCUGUACAAUAAACUCCCUCGACGACGUGUCAAUAUCUUUGGUGAAGAGUUGGAAAGACUUCUGAAGAAGAAAUAUGAAGGUCACUGGUAUCCUGACAGACCUUAUAAGGGAUCUGGUUUCAGGUGCAUACAUGUAGGCGAAAAGGUGGAACUAGUCAUUGAGCAAGCAGCCAAUGAGAGUGGCUUGGACAUUGAAGAUGUACGCAGAAACCUUCCUCAGGAUCUGAAUGUCUGGAUUGAUCCAUCUGAGGUUUCAUAUCAAAUUGGUGAGAAGGGGCAGGUGAAAGUACUUUAUGUUGAUGACAACACUGAGAAUGGUUCUGAGCUGCUGGAUAAGGAAAUAAAGAACAGUUUUAACCCAGAGGCACAGGCAUUUAUGCCAAUUACUGACCAGUCCUCUUCAGUAUCAAGCUCUCCAUCACCUCCCUUUGACUCUACUAAUGUAAGCCCAACUUUUAUGCCCCGAUCCGCACAGCCCUUAACUUUUACCACAGCAACCUUUGCUGCCACCAAGUUUGGUUCUACCAAAAUGAAGAACAACAGCCGUAAUAAGAUUGCACGAUCCUCUCCUACACAAUUUGGCUUAAACAUCAACUUGUUAAAGCAGAGUACAAUGUCUUCCUCCAUGCACUCGCUAUACGGACUUGGCCUUACAAAUCUACAGCAGAAAACCUCUGCUCUGUCUCCAAAUGCAAAGGAGUUUAUUUUCCCAAAUAUACAAGACCAGGGAAGAACCAGCAUAAGCUGCCCUGGUGACCGCUCUCCGAACCUUGGCCAAAUUCCAUACAAUAAUGCUUUUGAUGUGUUUGCGGCUUAUGGAGGUCUCAAUGAUAAAACACUAGUAGAUGGUUUAAAUUACAGCUUAAAUAACAUGCAGUAUUCUAACCAGCAAUUCCAGCCAGUUAUGGCUAACUAGAUGAACUCGGUAUACCCAAAGUAUUGUACAAGUGCAUGAGAAGCCGAGGCAGGUUUUUUUGUUUUUUUUUUUAUUUAUAUAUUUUUUUCUUCUUCUUAUGUUUAUACAUUUAAUGUUGGUUGCACAAGCACAUACAAAGUCAUCUUUAAAUUUUUUUUAUUUUUUUUUUGACAGUUGUGCAAAAUAUCUUGUGGGUUUUUCAGUUAAGAAAAAGGAAAAAAAAAUAUCGCCUCUUACAGUAUUUAGAAUUUUUUUUUAUAUAUAUAUAUAAUGUGCGUUAAGAUUUAUAUUUUUCUAAUCUGGGUUGCAGUUAAUGUGCAUAUAUUAUCUUUACACACAUAGGGCCUGACAGUUUUAUGUUCAUCCAAGUGUAUAAUUAGUCCAAACAAAGUGCACAGGUGAAUUUUUUUUUUUUCUUAUGUAGACAGACUUCUACAACUUGUGUUGAUUUAGAACUUGAUUUAUGCUCUAUGUGUGUCUAUAUACAUAUAUUUGCACCACACAUUUCAAUGCUCUUAUGGAUCUGAUUCCAGCAGGUUUUUUUUGUUUUUUUUUCAUUCAAGUUGUAAAGUACUCUUGAAACACCAGUUGUUCAAAAAAAUAUUCCAGAUUAUCCCUCACUGUAAACAUUAUAAUAUUAUGGGGGUUAUCUGUAUUUUCAGAGUUGUAUUUUCUGUUACGAAUUAAGAUUUUUGCUAUAUAAGAUGGAGAUAUGUAACUGUAAUUUUUGUAUCUAAAUUGUGCAAUACUUGAUAAGAUGUUAAAGUAUAUUAAGUCAGUGUCUUACAUGUUAAGAACUGAAAUAGUUUAUAUUUAGUUUGUAUUAAAAUUAUUUUAAAUGAAA